GGCUUGCGCACAACGACGGGCUGGUGAGCGCCGACUCUUCAUCUGCUUGUUUGUCUGCCUUCCACCGCUGCCACCGACCAACCCAAUGCUGCUUGGCAGAGGGCUGCUGUCUUGCUGCGCGUGGCGGGGCUUGUGGGCGCAGCGCUGACCACUGCUGUGUGGCUAGCUCCAUAUGUCGCAAGAGACAUAUGAAAUGUGACGAGGUGAAGCCACAAUGCGGUCCAUGUGCCAAAGGCAAUAGACCGUGUGUCUACGGCCCUCUGCCGCCUGAACCUGACUCUGCAACAGCCGGCGGUGUAGCUUCCAUUCCGCCCUACUAUGCGGCUUCCGGUGCAGAGAUCCCUCUGCCAGUACAUGAUCGGCCCCCGCCAGCAAGCGUCGCCACCGAGCCAGGCGCCCAGAGUAAUGUACUGCCAGAGCAGUCCGAAACUCGCAUAGGCAAGCAAUGGUCGGCUGCUCCUGUUGAUGAAGUAACGCAGAUCACAAGCCCGCAGAGCAGCUCUAGUACCUCCACAGGCUAUGGGACUGAAGUCGCGCCGCUUCAUUGGUUUGGACUUCUUGCCGGCGAUGCAGCUACUGGCUCCCUUGAUGUGCCGUCUCUGGAGGUUCUGGGUGAUGCUGCACUCGCCCGUCGCCAUGACGCCCAUACCGAUGGCGCUGCACACCCGAACCUACCACGGCCAGUGAGCCGGCCAUACUUGGGACUAGACAGCUUCGCCUCACAGAGUCCUGCAAAGUUGUUACAGCUAUCUGCCUGGUGCCCAACCACGAACAGCGCCAAGGGUGCAGAAGAUGAACGGCAGCACUGGCAGGCCGCGGAGCCAAUACAGCUCAAAGAUCACGAAUUUGACAUAUUCCAACGUUUUGUCACAGGCAUCAGCUUAUGGAUUGACCUGUUCGACCCGCUUAAACAUUUUUCCACCUUGAUACCGCAUCUGGCCUUGCACAACGAAGGCUUAAUGAAGGCGCUCCUGGCACUAGGAGCAAGGCAUCUCUCUAUCAAGCCCUUGCGUACAGGCGAAGCCAAUGUAGACCGUACUGCUGCAGUGCAGUAUUACUAUGAGACUUUACGGUACUUACAGACCGCAAUGAGGUACACGACUUACAAGAACAGUCGCGAGCUCCUCGCAACCGCGCUGAUUGUGAGUACAUAUGAGAUGAUCGACGGCGCGGGGAACGGGUGGGAGAGACAUCUGAAAGGCGUCUUCUGGAUUCAACGUAGUCGCGAGAUCAAUGGUGAGUCCGGAGGGCUGGAACAAGCCAUUUGGUGGGCCUGGCUAAGACAGGACGUUUGGGCUGCCUUUCGUGAGAAUCGGCGGUGCUUCAGCUUCUUCAAACCUACCAAGCAAAUGAUGGAUAUUUGGGACAUGGCUUCCAAGGUCACUUAUAUCUUGGCACAGGCGGUCAACUACAGCUCCCGGGAGGAGAAGCAGCUGGGGCAGGCCGACCUCACCACCCAAAUUGCGAGAGCAAACACUUUGCUCAAUAUGCUUGACGACUGGCGAAGCAGCAUCAGCAUUCAUUUCAACCCGCUUCCAGUUGAAGGGCCAUCUAACCGAGCGUUUCGGCCCCUAUGGAUCCAUCCUCCUGCCUUUGGUGCCUCGGUGCAGAUGUCCUGUAUGGCACGAAUACUAUUACUGAUACACCAACCUGCUGCAGGUGGCUAUCUGGAGUACUUGCAGCGUGACAAGGUCAUCUCCGAGUGUAUCGACACCAUCGGCGGCAUCGCUAUGAAGCUGACUGACAAUGCUUCCCGUUUGAUGUCCACGCAGUGUUUGUAUGCAGCAGGGCUGUACUGCACCGACGGACCCAAGUGCCAAUACAUUGCGGAGCUCAUCCAAGACCACGAGGGACACACUGGCUGGCCCAGUAACACCGAUCUCGCAGAGGAGCUUCGAGGCGAAUGGUCGAAACGACCGAAGGGUGAUGCCCAGACGUGAUCUGAUGGCAUUAGUUGCUGAUGGUACUAGGAGGAGGGAUGGGACGUCGAUCUUGAUGAUGAUGGUCCCUAUCAGCAUCAUACUGCUGAUCAGCCUCUUAUGAUCAGCCUCAUUGCCAUAUGUUGUAGUCGAUCAUUAACAAUGUCCAGGGCUGGUUGGUGCCGUCAACACGUCACUCACUCAGGUACAUAGCCAGUAGGUACAUGUCACUCCUAAUAAGGCUGAGUGCCUCUCCCU